AUGCAUAAAGACAUGGCGAAGGGGUUAUUUUCCUUGUUCUCAAAACCUGGGCUUUCGCAGUGCAGAUAUAUAUCAUGUCGACAAUUUCCCAGCCAGUCCGGCGCCAUCCGCCCGAAGGACCCAAUGGACAGGAUUCUGCGACGAGGAAUCAUAACCGCGCCUAAAAAGUCACUGCAUGUAAUGUCAGAGACAGAGAUGAGCCAGGAGGUAUCAUUCAACCAGAAAGUGUUCGACUUAUCGCUUGCAUUGUCGCGGAGUCGAAUGAAUGACGCCACCGAGCUGCGAUGCAUGCUAUUGGAUGUCGAUGGCAGUGUCAAAGAUUCAGAAUUGAAAGGCACCAAGGCGACCGUUGCGAAGAGGUACGGUCUUGACGGACGCGAUCUGAGAAAUGUCGAUCUGGUCUCAGAGGGAAUCCCGCACAUAUUGGUUCGUCCAUCUACUAUCUUCAUCAGCAUGUUCAAUCUGCGCCUCCUCGUGCGCUCGGAUGAGGUGCUUCUCUUCAUACUCCCGAUCGAAGACACCGAUAUCAAGAUCCAGGAUGUAUUUCUGAAAGAUGUACAGCAUAGGCUCCAGCCUACCUCCGGCACUGGUCUUUUGACGCAAUUACCAUUCGAGCUGCGCGUUGUGGACGCCGCGCUUGCCUCUGUGAUUGCCGUCCUUGAAGCAGAACAUGUCCUCAUUAGAACGGAGGUAGAAGACAGCCUCCGAGACUCAACACGAGAAGAUAUCGUGCACUCGGUCCUGCGUGGUUUGCAGGACCACAGCAAACGACUGGUGGGCAUUGAGCAGCGCGCACGACAGGUUCGAUCUGCGUUGCAAGAGCUUCUUGGAAACGACCAAGAUAUGGCCACCAUGUAUUUGUCAGACUACCAGGGGGGUAAACCGCAUUCAAUCGAGGACCAUCAAGAGGUCGAGUAUCUUCUCGAGGCAUACUAUAAAAACACCGAUGGCAUUGCCGAGUCUGCGAAUGCAUUGUUGGGAGAUGUCAAUCGUACCACGGACACCAUUCAGUCCAUAUUGGAUGUACGACGGAAUCAGAUCAUGAUCUUCGAAGCUCAGCUUGAGAUCUGUAUGCUUGGAUUCGCCGUGUCGACUUUCGUGGCUGGACUUUUUGGGAUGAAUGUCGUGAACGAUUUCGAGGAAAGUGCCUCUGCAUUUGCAGUGUUGGUCGGCGCGUGUGUGAUAGGGACUGGCCUCAUUGCCCGAUAUGGGAUGUGGAAACUAAAUAAGUUCCGCAAGUUGCGCUCCUAG